GCGGGCCGUGGCGGCAUGCGGCUCCUCGGCCGGCCCGGCCCGCUCCGCAGCACGGCGCUGGCCGCCCGGCCGCCGGGGAGGCUCCGAGCGGGGCCGUGGCGGCGCGGCUUCACCCGCGGGCGGCUCGGCGGCACCAUGGCAGAGGAGGCCAAGCGGCUGGCUGCCUGCGCGGCCGUGGACAAGCACGUCCAGAACAAUCAAGUUCUUGGGAUUGGAAGUGGUUCUACGAUAGUCCACGCGGUGCAUCGAUUAGCCGAGCGGGUUAAAGAGGAGAACCUGACAAUUGUCUGCAUCCCGACGUCUUUCCAGGCCCGUCAGCUGAUCCUGCAGAACGGCUUAACCCUAAGCGACUUGGACCGACAUCCAGAGCUCGAUGUUGCCAUCGAUGGAGCAGAUGAAGUGGACUCUGACCUCAACCUUAUCAAAGGUGGCGGUGGCUGCUUGACACAGGAGAAGAUAGUUGCAGGAUAUGCAAAGUGCUUCAUUGUUAUUGCUGAUUACAGGAAAAAGUCAGAAAGCCUUGGGGAGCAAUGGAAGAAGGGAAUUCCCAUCGAAGUCAUCCCCAUGGCUUACGUCCCUGUCACCAGAGCCCUGACCAAAAACUUCGGCGGUGCUGUGGAGCUGCGGAUGGCUGUUAGCAAAGCAGGCCCAGUGGUGACAGACAACGGGAAUUUCAUCCUGGACUGGAAGUUUGACAAGGUUCAUGAAUGGGGUGAAGUGAACACUGCCAUAAAAAUGAUACCAGGUGUGGUGGAGACGGGGCUCUUCAUCGACAUGGCAGAGGUGGUGUACUUCGGCAUGGAGGACGGCUCGGUCAGCGUGCGGGAGAAGCAGCCUCGCUGAGGGCCCUCUGCUCCACCUCCAGCCACUUUGAUUCCCCUGCUGUAACGGUGCCAACCUGACGUCUUGCCUUAAAUGAGCAGCGGUUGUUGCAGAGGACGGAUGAUGGGAAGUGGGUCGGAAUCCGCUGACGUGAUGCUGAAUGUCUUCUCGUGUUUUUUAAAGACCAACAACAGAAAAUCUAUUCUAUUUCUAUAUCUAUAUUUUUACUUUAUAGGAGAUGUUGUCCUUUUUUUAAAGAAUCGUUUCGACAAAUUGCUUUAACGUUUUUAUUUGAUUUUCUAAGGAAUACUUAACCAAAAAGAAUACUCCUUAUUUUGUUUGUGAUUUGUGUGAUUUUAUUCCCUUGCAUUUAAAGAGAACUUGAACCCUUCUGGUUGCUCGUAGUGCUUCAGUGACUGAGGUCAGGAAUACAAUCCUAAUGCAUCGUUCCUAACCACCCUGGCUUAGAAUGCGAUGCACUAACAUCACGUUAGUAUGUUAGCACAUACUAACAUAUGGGUGAUGUACGUAACAGGAGCACAUCCAGUCGGGACCUGAUGAUGCCUUAUUUGGAACCUUUUUGGUUCGGUAUUUUAUGCCUUUUAUUUUUCUAUACCACUGGUUUUUAAUAGUUAGAAUGUCUGGUUGUCCUCUGUGCACGUGACAAUUCUCUGAGCCCAGGGUGGUCUCUACAUCCCUCUGUCUGGGACAUUAUAAAGGCCUUUUCCAGGCCUCUGUAAGGAGGAGAUGUUCAUCCUUUGAGCCAAAAUAUGCUCUCCAUUCAUUCAGUACCUCUGAUGAAAGCCUGUUCCUGUACCUGGAGAUAUCUGGGACUUGGUCCUUGUAAACCGAGAGCAGGACUGUGUCCCUGAUGAAGUUUACAGAAGCAUAUUUGAGCAGGGCAGCGUGGAACACUGUUCAGUGGUUUGGAAUGAAGGUUUACUGCCACCCCUCGCAGCUGAUUGAUCUGUGGAAGGAUAGAGCAGAACGCACAGGAAAACUGAGUCUUCCUGCCUAAAUGUUCCACAUGUAGCAGGAGAGAGACACUCGUUCCGUAUCUUGUUCUCGGUGUGUAGGUGCUUCGCAUGGUUCCGAGGUCAAAAUGCAAGCCCUCUCUUUGUGUUGUAGACGUUGAAAUAAAGCGCUGUUA